AAACAGGAAAGAAAUAGAUAAAUGCACGUUUGAUGUGUCCUUGUUUAAAUUUAGUAAAAUAAUAUUAAGCUUACCGUAAACUCCUAUGUAAGAAGCUAACUGGAAAGACUAUGAAAAAGAGAUGACAAUAUGUUAAGGACAAACACCAUACAAAUGGUCAAGUAUGAACCACAUACAGUUUUGUUUACCAUGGUAUCUCUCCAGCAUUAACGCAAUGCAAGCAUAAACACUCAAUAAAUGUUUAUUGAAUAAGUGAAUGUAAUAAGGAUAUUUCUAUGCAUUCUUUUAUAGCCCUAGAAACUAAUGUCCCAAUUUAUCUGUAAUUUUAAAAAUGAAGCCUACAAAGCAAGCAUUUACCUUGUCUGCUGCUGUUUUAAUAACCACUCCUAUAAUUAAGAAUCUUGAUUGUGUUAUGCUUGCACCAAAACUCUAAAUAUAAAUAAUACACCAUAACUAAAAACACUGUCUCUAAAUAGCCAACUGGAGAUGACUUUGCCAUUUAAAUGUCAUAGACUGUUUUUUUAAAUAUACAAGCAUAUUUAUCUAAUCAAACCCUCUUCCAAUUUGCAGAGCUGAAAAACCAAUCUUUUCUCUCAGAAUUUCUCCUAAAUCAAACUACCACAUGGAAAUAAUGACUUUCAGAGGGCAAAAUUUAUACAGAGAACAAAUAAUGAAAGAAGGAAAGAGAAAAGAAAAAUUAAUUCAUGAAAUUUUAUGCAUACUUCCUGGAGGAGACAUCAAGCUGGUAAAAGGACUGUUCCCUAGGUUAUUACCUCUCCCGACAUUAUCUUAUAGCCCCAGCACUGAAGUAGUCACUAAAGGAUCUGGAAUUUUAUAGUAAAACACUAAGGAAUCAUCAAUUUGUUAGUAACUCACAAAUUCCUAUACAGAAAUUUAGCUUAAGGGAAAGAAAAAUAAAGGAAAAGGGGUGACAGCUGAUAUCCCAGACAGCUCUAUUCAAGUUUAUGAAUGAUUUACUCUUAAGGGUGGCAGGACUUAAUGCAAAUGAACAGAGAGGAAACUGUCAGCUGCAUUGUGGUUCAACCAAUCGAAGCGCAGCUCCAUCUUGGCUGUGCACUAGACUGCAUUACAAACAGACGAUACCAUCGCUUCAACAGCAUCCUUUCAGACAAGAGAUUCAAAAGAGAAAUACAAGAAGUGGAAUCUCUAAAAUGGCUUCCAGCCACUGGAAUGAAACCACAACCUCUGUUUAUCAGUACCUUGGUUUUCAAGUUCAAAAAAUUUACCCUUUCCAUGAUAACUGGAACACUGCCUGCUUUGUCAUCCUGCUUUUAUUUAUAUUUACAGUGGUAUCCUUAGUGGUGCUGGCUUUCCUUUACGAAGUGCUUGACUGCUGCUGCUGUGUAAAAAACAAAACUGUGAAAGACUUGAAAAGUGAACCCAACCCUCUUAGAAGUAUGAUGGACAACAUCAGAAAACGUGAAACUGAAGUGGUCUAGCAUUCUACAGAAGAUGAAUAAAAUCUUUGACAGCAGCUUGAUCUUGUCUGAGAAAAGAGAGAAUCUUCUGAGACCAACUGUUAGUACAAAACUGAUUCUGACUAUGAAUGGUUAAAAGAUUUCUAGUAGAAGGGAAAAACAAGUUAAAUAUGCACUGUUUGUGUAUGUAUCCCUUUCAUUAAAUAUACAGUAAAACUUCA